GAGCCAACGGCCGCUCGACCUACACGUUCUGCCGGGCCUGCGACCAGCGGAUUGCCUUUCGCAAGAAGACCGAGCAGGAGAAGAUGCAGGCCGCCGCGAAGGAGCUGGCCAAGGCGAAGGGGAGCGAGCUUCGCAAGAACAUGAAGCAGAUGGUCUCGCAGCAGCUCCAGGAGUGGGAGGACGAGUUUGCCAACUCGGAGGGCGCCGACCCACG